CAUAUUGUAUUAUACCACCACAUAGCUCUCGUGCAUUGAAAAACAUAACCAGAAAUUCACGUAGAAAGCCAAUGCAACUGUCUACAUCUGGUUUUAUGCUUAUUUCGAAUUCUAAAGCCAUGUAACAUACUGUGAAGAGGAAAGUGUCUAAGAUUUUUCUUGAGUUAGCUAAUUGAAUUUAUAGACCGUUUCCGUCAAUAUUGGAAACUUCUCUAGCCAUGCCGUAACGCUGAUAUCGUUUGUUUGAUUUACGGCACAAAUAUCUGGCUCGUAUUGACAAUAUUACAUCACAUUUUUGUUGACAAAUCACCGUGACUAAUAACACCCACAUUAUAGAAGUGCCGUGAUUAUGUCUACGGUACAAGAGGAUAUUAAACAGAAACUGGGAGGAAAAUGGAUACUAGACAGAUCAGAGAAUUUUGAAGACGCUUUGAGGGAAAUGGGUCUGAACGUUGUGUUCAGAAAGCUAGCGAGCCACGCGAAGCCGAGCAUGGAGAUUUCUUUGGAGGACGGUAAAGUGAAGAUCAACGCCAAGGCGGCCUUCUUCACCCAGACGAUGAUUCUCCCGAUCAACGAGCCGUACGAGCAGGAGUUCGAGGGCAUUAAAAUGAAGUGUCUGACGAGAUGGGAGGACAACAAGCUGAUCACAGAGGCGAACCCUGUAGAGCCGGACAAGCAUAAGGCGCAGAAGUUCCAUCGGGAGCGCGUCAACGAUGAACUGGUUCAGACUAUGUUUAUCGGAGAUGUCGUGUGCACAAGAUGGUUCAAGCCUCAAUGCUAAUGGCACUUUGUAAAGAAAGGGUUCUUUUGACAUCGAUUAUAAUAUUCCUUCCACGCCGCACUUGGAUGAAAUUUACGCGCAAAACAACCAUACCUAUGCGAAGUGCAUAUUCAAUCGCACGCUGUGGUUUUAGACAAAACCUUCGCUAAGUAUGCAUAUACAUACAUUGUAUUUGUCCCGAGCGUCUGUAUGCUUUUAUCGACAUAUGAACACACUGUGUCAAUUUAGAGACACCGCUGUAACUGUGAUGUGUUUCUGAUUGUUACAAUUCUGUUCAACUAAGACCAAUUCAACAAGUAGAAGUAGGUAUCAUAAAGUGUAAAAUGAGACGAGUCAUACGAAAUUAGGUCUUAUGUCAUGCGGCAUCCGCUCAGUCUGGUCAGGAGCUUCUCUGUACGCUUAUGAGGCUAAGAAACUUUGCUUGACGCUAAAACAGACAGCGAAGCUCUUGACCCGAUUUCGCGUUUGCAUAAGACACAUUUUCCCAAGACGCGUCUCAAAUAUUUGCUAAUAUUGUUUGUUGUUAACGAUUAGCAGAAGGAUAAGUUGUGAAAGUAGCAUACUUAAAUGAUUGUGUAGUGGUCAAGUAACAAUACUUGCAAUAUUUGUUUUAUAGCACUAUGGUUCUUUAUCAGGUGUAUAACUGUUUUAGAAAAGCGCUCUUUUUUAAAUAUAACGUAUCAUAGUAAUAAAGUCAGUCCACGGACCCCAAAGGUCAAUUUGUGUUUGCCACUUCGUUUUUAUUGCCUAUACAAUGCCAUAAGCAUAAUAUAUUUAUAUAGGCGGUCAACUCAGACAUGCUUGUUUUCAGAAGUCCUGCACGACAAUGGUUUAUUUCAUGUGUAUUCGUGAAUGCCCUUUACAGUCGUCGAUAUAUGUUGUAUAAGUCACAUUUCUGUUGCAUUCGUUACAAUUUCUUUGCGUGUUUAAAUAUAUGUUUCGCCUCAAAUCAAACAGUACAGUAUACACCCAGACAGCCGAGGGCAUUGGACUUGUUUAUUACAGUUAAUGGACUCCCUCAAAAUAGUCCCGUGUAUUCGUUAGUAGAAAAUAUAUUGUUUCUCAGAAUAUUCUGUGAACUUUGAAAGUGUUGUGUUAAAUAACAGAUUAAAGUCUCAUUGAACAGUU